AUGAAAGGAAGCUUUUAUGGAUUGAAGGGUAAACAUCUCUCUCUUAUUACCAUUGUUCUCAUGUGUACCGCCAUUCUUAUAUGGGGAUGGGAGAAGACCCCACUUCUUACUAACUUGGUACCGCCCCAAACCCUUUUAGAGUUGGAUCCAGAGACAUAUGAUGAUUCUGUAGAUAACUCUGUAGAGUUUGUACCAUCAGAACCAGAAAUACAUGUGGACAGAGGUGUAGCAACGUUUGCACAAAGGGACACUGUAAAAGAAGAAUCAUAUGUCGCAGCUCAACUAGGUUCUGAGCAAAGCUCUCAAAAAAGCAAUGAGAUUAGUAGUGAUCUAGUAACAACCCACGUUAAGGAGAGUGGGAUUUUCUUAAAUGGAGCAAAAGAUAAGCAAGUUCAGGAAGCAGAUAGAGAUGGCAAUGCAGAAUGCUCCACCUGCUCAACAAAGGCUGAUGGAAAGGACGUAGAAAUAGUUGAAGAAAAAGGUUCAAAUCAAGAAGAACAAACAGCAGUUGAUACAAGACACAAAGAAAAAGCCGAGGAAAAGAAUUCUGACCUACAGAACCAAAAUGUGGACCUAAUGACACCAAUAGGUUCUACAUAUACAAAUACCUCAGUUGACAAAUUGACAACUCCCACGCAAACUCCAGCACCAGUCUGUAAUUAUGCGAAAGGAAAAUGGGUUGUAGACAAUAAGAAGCCUUUGUAUUCUGGGCAUGGUUGCAAGCAAUGGCUGUCAGGGAUGUGGGCUUGCCAGUUGACACAGCGGACAGAUUUUGCCUAUGAAAAACUUUCAUGGCAGCCAAAAGAUUGUCAAAUGGAAGAAUUUGAAGGCUCUAAGUUCUUGAAAAGGAUGCAAGACAAAACUCUAGCUUUUGUUGGAGAUUCAUUGGGCCGACAGCAGUUCCAGUCUUUAAUGUGUAUGAUCACAGGUGGUAAGGAGAGACAUGAUGUCAUGGAUGUGGGGAUGGAGUAUGGGAUAGCCCAGGCACGUGGUGAUGCCCGCCCUAGUGGUUGGGCAUACCGGUUCCCAAGCACGAACACUACCAUCCUCUAUUACUGGUCAUCGACCCUCUGCGAUGUGGAGCCUAUUAAUGUCACAAACCCAGCCACUGAUUAUGCCAUGCACCUUGAUCGGCCACCAGCGUUCUUGCGCCAUUAUAUUCACAAAUUUGAUGUCCUGGUCCUCAAUACAGGGCACCACUGGAAUCGUGGAAAGCUUAAGGCUAACCGCUGGGUAAUGCAUGUUGGGGGUGUGCCAAACACUAACAAGAAGAUAGCAGUGAUUUGGAGGGCCAAGAAUGUGACAGUCCACAGUGUUGUUAAUUGGGUGAACUCACAGCUCCCAAAAUAUCCAGGUCUCAAAGCGUUCUACCGGACCCUCUCGCCUAGGCAUUUUGUUGGUGGGGACUGGAACACAGGAGGAAGCUGUGACAACACCACUCCUAUGUCAAUAGGAAAGGAAGUAUUGCAAGAUGUGUCAAAUGACUCAGAUGCUGCAGGCGCAGUGCAGGGAACAGGGGUUAAGCUCUUGGACAUAACAGCUCUAUCCCAGGUUCGGGAUGAGGGUCAUAUAUCUCGGUUCAGCAUUACAGCCAAAUCAGGGGUGCAAGAUUGUCUGCAUUGGUGUUUACCUGGUGUUCCAGAUACAUGGAAUGAAAUUCUUUUUGCACAAAUCUAG